CUCCGGACGCAGGUUUGGGUCUCUCUACCGGCUGUGUUCAUGGUCCACCUCGGGGGUUUGGUGCUCUUCACAUGUUCUCUGUGGACGUUUAUUGUUCCCUUAAAUGUGGCUGUGGGGACGGAGGUUAGAGAUAGACCUCAGGUGAUUGGUUCAAGUCAGCCAAUCAUGGCUGUUCUGGGCGAGGACGUCAUCCUGCCGUGCCACCUGGAGCCUAAAUUCAACGUGGAGGGUUUUACGGUGGAGUGGUCGAAUCCCGACCUCAAGCCCGACCCCGCCGAUCAGCUGAGCCGGGUCGAGUACGUCCACCUUUACAGGGGCCGGCGUGAAGACCAGAGCAUGAAGAUCCGGUCGUACGUCAUGAGGACGGCGCUGUUCACUGACGACCUGAAAGACGGGAACAUUUCACUCAAGAUCUUGAACGUGACGCUCUCAGACCAAGGAAGAUACAGAUGUUUCAUCCCAAAGUUAAAGAGCCAAGUGAAGGAGUCAAUCGUUCAGCUAGUUGUUGCACCACGCUCUGAUGAAACCUCUACGACAGAGACGCAGCUGGAUCCAAGAAAUCUCCCAAAUCCAGAUGAUCCAGAUGAUGAGACGGAUGUUGAAGAUAGACCUCAGGUGAUUGGUUCAAGCCAGCCAAUCAUGGCUGUUCUGGGCGAGGACGUCAUCCUGCCGUGCCACCUGGAGCCUAAAUUCAACGUGGAGGGUUUUACGGUGGAGUGGUCGAAUCCCGACCUCAAGCCCGACCCCGCCGAUCAGCUGAGCCGGGUCGAGUACAUCCACCUUUACAGGGACCGGCGUGAAGACCAGAGCAUGAAGAUCCGGUCGUACGUCAUGAGGACGGCGCUGUUCACUGACGACCUGAAAGACGGGAACAUUUCACUCAAGAUCUUGAACGUGACGCUCUCAGACCAAGGAAGAUACAGAUGUUUCAUCCCAAAGUUAAAGAGCCAAGUGAAGGAGUCAAUCGUUCAGCUUGUUGUUGCACCACGCUCUGAUGAAACCUCUACGACAGAGACGCAGCUGGAUCCAAGAAAUCUCCCAAAUCCAGAUGAUCCAGAUGAUGAGACGGAUGUUGAAGUUGGUCGACACCAUUUCAGCGUUCUGAUACCGAUGUCCGUCUGCGUCUUACUGAUCCUGGCUGCUGGAGUCGGUGCAUUGUUACAUAAACGGAAUCAUCAAAACCUAAAUCAUCAAGAGGUAUGACUUAGCUCCAACCGAACCACUUCAAGUCUAGACGCUUUGCUCAAAGGCACGUUGUUGGUCCCCAACUGGACCGACUGGGAUCUGCAUGAAUGAGGUCUUCAUGAUUGGAUCCAGAUCGCCGUCGGACAGAAUGUAGGUCUGAUCUCCAGAUGAGCCUGUAACGACGCUGCUGACUCUAUGACUUUGUAUCACACGCUGGAGGAUUCUGCUCUUCAUGUUUUGGGGGAAAAAAAGGCUAAUUUGAAAAGCGACACCUGCUGGAUGAUUAUUUGCUGCACACGUUUGAUUGGGACUCAAAAGAAGUCCAGCCUGGAGAAGAAACUGUACGACACUCGAUCAACAUCAGGAACGCUUUUCAUCUGCAUGAGACAUUUUCUGUCACGAGGAAGAAGCCAAACGUUAUGGAAGCAUUACUUAUUUUUUAUCUCCGUAGUUUUAUGGCUCCAUAGUCAAAAAGAAGACGACUGUUUUUGUUUUGCAAACUUCUCUUCCUCUUAAAAACAUGCUGCACGCUUUAAUUAUUAUUAAUUAUUUACACGCACUAACCAGCCAGGUGUAACAUUAUCUUCAUAAUAACUGAUCUGCUAACAGAGGUGAUAUUCACCUGGUUGAUGGCUAUAACAUUGAACUGAAUGAGUAAUAACGUCAGCUCAGCAUAAUAAGAUGUCAUCUUUUAUACUGUAUUAUUACUACUGACUUUGAAACACAGUGGUUGAUUUCUCCAUGUAUGCAGACAUAAAUAAGAAUAAUGCGUCCAGUAACUUUUUAUAUACAUUAACAUUCUUUUUAAACUGCAAUUUCUUUACUUUGCUAACUGAGACAUUUGACACGGUGUUAACUGAUUCACUGAUCAGCUGCUGCAGCCCAGUUUAGCUGCUGCACAGGAUGAAGAACCAUAUUGAGCUAUGUUUUUUUUUGUUUUUUUUAGUGUUCAUGUUAUUUAAAGGCCCAACAUUCGAAACAUGUAAGGGAGAGGAUUGAUUUCCCGACCUGUCCAGACGGGUUAUAGUGUUAUAAAGGUGAUAUUCUGUAGAUCAUCUAUGUUAACAUGAGUGAUUUGAGGUCACUUCCUGGAGGAAUGUUUUGUGUUUGAUGGAUGCUCUGAUGUAGAAAAAGUAUCCUCGAGGUAUUUAGAAUGUUUGCACUGACUCAAAUGUUACAACAAUGUUAACUACAGUGGUAGCACAAAUAAAACCACAUUUACAAACA